AUGAUGCUAAUCCCAACUUCUUCUUCUUCGUGUUCUUCAUACUCCUGUUGUAGCCUUCCUCAAGCUUCCUUCAAUUCUAAUUCAUAUCCUUCGAAACAGUCUCUCUUCCUCUCCAAAUCCGCUUAUCCAAUCCCAAAUGGAAGCAGAAAGUUGAAGACUUUGCGUCUCAGAGCUAAUUUCUGGGAGUCAAUCCGAUCUGGGUUUGUAAAGAAUAAUAAUACUACCCAACUUGUGGAACCACCUUCUACAAUCGAAGAAGAUGAAGAUACGGAACCAGUACUUCCUGUUGAAUUUACUUUGGUUGAGAGAACCCUUCAAGAUGGCUUAGUGGAAGAGAUCAUAUUUUCUUCUGGUGGUGAAAUUGAUGUCUAUGAUCUUCAAACCCUUUGUGACAAGGUGGGAUGGCCUCGGAGACCGCUAACGAAAUUAGCUGCAGCUUUGAAGAAUAGUUAUAUGGUUGCUACAUUGCAUUCUGUAUUGAAGCCGUCAUCAUCAUCAGAAGGAGAUACUGAGCAGCAGCAGCAGCAGAAUAAGAAGCUUAUUGGAAUGGCACGUGCGACGUCAGAUCAUGCCUUCAAUGCUACUAUUUGGGAUGUUCUUGUUGAUCCUGAGUAUCAGGGUCAAGGGCUUGGUAAAGCUCUCGUGGAAAAGCUCGUAAGGGCUCUUCUUCAGAAAGAUAUUGGUAAUAUAUCUCUUUUUGCGGAUAGUCAAGUUGUGGAUUUCUAUCAGAACCUGGGGUUUGAGGCUGAUCCAGAAGGCAUCAAAGGCAUGUUUUGGUACCCAAAGUAG